UUGACCUAAUAUUUCAAAAUGGCUUCCAACUCCAAAUUCACGCUGAAACUUCUGAUAGACACAGAGAAUGAGAAAGUUGUUUUUGCUGAAGCAUCAAAAUCCGUAGUAGAUUUUCUUCUCCACAUGCUAGGCUUGCCUCUUGCUACUGUAGUUAAACUCCUGGGCAACAAUGACAUGGUUGGUAGCAUAGGAAACAUUUAUCAAAGUGUUGAAGAUCUUGAUGAGAAAUUCAUGCAUCAAGAACAAUCCAAGAAUCUUCUCUUAAAUCCAACCGCUUCCAUCUCUUCAAAUGAAUUCUGUAAUCUUUUGCCCACAAUCGAUGGCAAUGAUGAAUCUUCCAUAUCAUCUUUAUCUGAAUUUCUUCUUGUGGCCGAGUUGGACAAAGAGGAUGAUGAAGAUGAUGAGGACUAUGAGGAGGAGGAGAAGGACGAGGAUGAGGAAGAUGAUGAGGACGAGGAUGAUGAUGAGGACGAAGAGGAGGAGGAGGACAAGGAUGAGGAAGAUGAUGAGGACGAGGAUGAUUAUGAGGACGAAGAGGAGGAGGAAUACAUAGGAUCUACUUUGUACUAUGCCUGCCCAAAUAGAUGUGGUGUAGAGGUCACAUGUGAUGAAAAAACUAUUUGUUCUCGGUGCAACAUAGCUAUGAACCGCCGUUCACAUUUUGAGCUUAAGACAAAGGAUGUUGAAGAAAACAUCUUGAUUAAGAAUGGGUUCGUGAAAGAUGAUGUAACUUUCUUGGUGAUGGAUGAUUUAGUUAUUCAACCCUUGAGUUCAGCUAUAUCAAUGGUUUCUUUACUUAGAAACAAGUUUAAUAUCAACGAGAUUGGUGUCUUGCAAGAAAUGGUGGUUGAAUUGGGGCUGGAUGAGGGUAUCAAGAUGCUGAAGGCUUCUCUGCAGACAAAGAUGGUUUUAACUAGUGUUUUCAUCAAGAAGGAAUGUUGAGAGAUAUAUAUGCGACCAAUUGACGAAUCUUUUAUGUUUUUAGCUACAAAAUGUGAAGAUGUCUAACAUUUUGUUUUUGUUUUGGCUACCUAAUUUGUUUGUGGUGAUUUCUGCCAUGUUUUGAAUGAAAUUUUGAUGAACUGUCCCCCAAUAUAUUGUAAGUAUUUGGUCUACUGUGAUUCCAAAUCAUAAA